UGGACCCGAGGGCUGCGUGAUUUGGUUAUUCAAAGCUGCUCUGCGGGUGGGUCGGGAGGUCAGGCGCCUCCCACAGCUGGAUUUCCAUUUAGGCCCCGCCACCUGCAUGGAUUCUCCCACUGGCCAGCGACUUCCUCUUACUAGAACCUUCUCUUCCUCACAGCCAUGACCUGUUAGCUAACUCGCCCCACCUGAGCUGAUUGAACUCUUCAUCCCGCCCCACCAGAGUGCUUGCUUCUGCUGCUCCUGCCCGGCGUGACCGACCAUGACCACCGUGGGCAACGUGGACGCCCUUCCCGAGCAUGAGAAGAGUCAGCUCAAGAGGGCUCUGGAGCUGGGCACUGUCAUGACCGUGUUUAGUUUCCGCAAGUGCACCCCCGAGCGCAGGACCGUGCAGGUGAUCAUGGAGACGCGGCAAGUGGCGUGGAGUAAGACGGCGGACAAGAUGGAAGGCUUCUUGGACAUCAUGGAGAUAAAGGAGAUCCGCCCGGGGAAGAACUCCAAGGAUUUUGAGCGUGCGAAAGCUGUGCGCCACAAGGAGGAUUGCUGCUUCACCAUUCUGUACGGCACGCAGUUCGUCCUCAGCACGCUCAGCUUGGCAACCGACUCCAGGGAGGAAGCGGCGAAGUGGCUGUCCGGCCUGAAAAUCCUCCACCAAGAAGCGCUGAGCGCAUCCACCCCAAGCAUGAUCGAGAGUUGGCUGAGAAAACAGAUUUAUUCUGUGGAUCAAACCAGAAGAAACAGCAUUGGCCUCCGGGAGAUGAAGGCCAUUCUGCCCACAGUGAACUUCAAGGUGAACAGCGUGAAACUCCUCAAGGACAAGUUCAUGGAAAUCAGCACCCACAAAGACGAGCUCAGCUUCGAACAGCUGCAUCUCUUCUACAAAAAGCUGAUGUUCGAGCAGCAGAAAUCGAUACUUGAUGAAUUCAAGAAGGAUUCCUCUGUGUUCAUUCUGGGGAGCACGGACCGGCUGGAGGCCUCCGUGGUGUACCUGCAGGACUUCCAGAGGUUCCUCCUGCACGAACAGCAGGAGCCCUGGGCUCAGGAUAUAAACAAAGUCCGGGAGCGGAUGACCAGGUUCAUCGAUGACACCAUGAGAGAGACUGUGGAGCCUUUCCUGUUUGUGGAUGAGAAGUGGACUCGCCACUACUGUGCCAUUGCCGACGCCAAACUGUCCUUCAGCGACGACAUCGAACAGAACGUGGAGGAGGAGCCACCCCAGGAUACUCCCCCCACGGAGCUGCACCUAGGGGAAAAAUGGUUCCACAAGAAGGUGGAGAAGAGGACGAGCGCGGAGAAGCUGAUGCAGCAGUACUGCCUGGAGACGGGGGCCAAGGAUGGCACCUUCCUGGUGCGGGAGAGCGAGACCUACCCGGACAACUACACGCUGUCCUUCUGGCGCUCAGGCCGCGUGCAGCACUGCCUCAUCCGCUCCACUGUGGAGGGCGGGGCCAAGAAGUACUACCUGACCGACAACCUCACCUUCCCCAGCAUCUACGCGCUGGUCCAGCACUACCGCGAGGCGCACCUGCGCUGCGCAGAGUUCGAGCUGAGGCUCACGGACGCCGUGCCCAACCCCAACCCGCACGAGUCCAAGCCGUGGUACUACGGCCAGCUGAGCCGGGGCGAGGCGGAGGACAUGCUCAUGCGGGUCCCCCGCGACGGGGCCUUCCUCAUCCGGCGGCGGGAGGGGACCGACUCCUACGCCAUCACCUUCAGGGCCCGGGGCAAGGUGAAGCACUGCCGUAUCAGCCGGGACGGCCGGCACUUUGUGCUGGGCACCUCCGCCUACUUCGAGAGCCUGGUGGAGCUGGUCAGCUACUACGAGAAGCACGCUCUGUACCGCAAGAUGAGGCUGCGCUACCCCGUGACGCCCGAGCUGCUGGAGCGCUACAGCGUGGUAGGCACAGCCCGCCCCGGUCCCCGGGGCCUCUGCGGGUCCCCCAUCCCCCCAGGUGGACGGGGGUCCAGGCUGCUCCAGUUCCUCACCUACCUGUUCUCCCGGGAGAACAGCAUCUGGGACGACAAGUAUGACGCGGUGGACAUGCAGGACAUGAACAACCCCCUGUCCCACUACUGGAUCUCCUCCUCCCACAACACGUACCUCACCGGGGACCAGCUCCGCAGCGAGUCGUCCACCGAGGCCUACGUGCGCUGCCUGCGUCUGGGCUGCCGCUGCAUCGAGUGUGAGUGUCGGCCAUGCAGCUCCGGGGGUCCCAGCCCCCGCCUUCGGGAUGUCCCAGGGCCUGGGCCCCUCAGGGAGGAGACUGGCGGGGCCCUGGGAGCCCCGGGGCUGGAAUGCCAUGUUUCUUCACAGAUUAUGGAAGAUAAUCCCCUAGGAUCUCUCUGCAGAGGGAUCCUGGACCUGAAUAACUACAACGUUGUAAAAGCCCCACAUGGAAAGAACCAGAAACCUUUCGUCUUCAUCCUGGAGCCCAAGAAGCAGGGGGACCCCCCGGUGGAGUUCGCCGCGGACAGCGUGGAGGAGCUCUUCGAGUGGUUCCAGAGCAUUCGACAGAUCACCUGGAAGAUCGACACCAAGGAGAACAACAUGAAGUACUGGGAGAAGAACCAGUCCAUCGCCAUUGAGCUCUCUGACUUGGUUGUCUACUGCAAGCCGACCAGCAAAACCAAGGACAAUCUAGAGAACCCCGACUUCCGAGAGAUCCGCUCCUUUGUGGAGACCAAGGCGGACAGCAUGGUGCGGCAGAAGCCCCGGGAGCUGCUGCGGUACAACCAGAAGGGCCUGACGCGCGUCUACCCCAAAGGACAGCGCGUGGACUCCUCCAACUACGACCCGUUCCGCCUGUGGCUGUGCGGCGCCCAGAUGGUGGCCCUCAACUUCCAGACCGCAGACAAAUACAUGCAGAUGAACCACGCGCUGUUCUCGCUCAAUGGCCGGACAGGCUACGUCCUGCAGCCCGAGAGCAUGCGCGGGGAGAAGUACGACCCGCUACCGCCCGAGUCGCAGAGGAGGGUCGUGAUGACGCUCACUGUCAAGGUCCUUGGCGCUCGCCACCUCCCCAAGCUUGGGCGAAGUAUCGCUUGCCCCUUCGUGGAGGUGGAGAUCUGUGGGGCGGAGUACGACAACAAUAAGUUUAAGACAACGGUCGUGAAUGACAAUGGCCUCAGCCCUGUGUGGGCUCCCACCCAGGAGAAGGUGACCUUUGAGAUUUAUGACCCCAGCCUGGCCUUCCUGCGCUUCGUGGUCUACGAAGAAGACAUGUUCAGCGACCCCAACUUCCUGGCCCACGCCACCUACCCCAUCAAAGGCAUCAAGUCAGGGUUCAGAUCCGUGCCUCUGAAGAAUGGGUACAGCGAGGACAUCGAGCUGGCGUCCCUCCUGGUUUUCUGUGAGAUGCGGCCCGUCUUGGAGUGUGAGGAGGAGCUGUAUUCCUCCUGUCGCCAGCUGCGAAGGAGGCAGGAAGAACUCAACAACCAGCUCUUCUUAUACGACACACACCAGAACCUGCGUAAUGCCAACCGAGAUGCUCUGGUGAAGGAGUUCAACGUCAACGAGAACCAGCUCCAGCUGUACCAGGACAGGUGCAACCGGAGGCUGCGAGAGAAGAGGGUCAGCAACAGCAAGUUUUACUCAUAGAAGCGGAGGUGCGCGUGUGAGGCGGAUGGGUGUGUGCGGAUGGGCGAAUGUGCUGUUCAGCCUCGGGGGUGGGGCACCUGCCAUGCUGCCUUCCACCUGUGAUGCCAACGGACCAUAUGACCAAGGAUCCGGGGUGAUCUCCUGGUUUUUCCACCUUGGACUUUUUUUUUUUUUGUAACUUAUAUUCUUUAUAGAGGAUCCCUAAACUGUGUCUGUCAUGGUGUGUGACCUCUCGUGUUCCAACCGCAUUGAAUAAAGCACAGGCAGUCUUGGUCAGUUCA